CAAAAUUCCAUUCAUAUGCAUACAAAAUCAUCCAAAAUCCAGAUAAAUAAUCCUAGUAAUAGCCGAAAGUAUCCUACACCAACAUCACCUUCAUGCCAGCAUUCUCCAACUUCAAUACCUUGUGUUCAGUAGUAGCGAAAAGAUCAAAAAAUAUAACCACCUUUUGUCUCUUCAACUCUAAAAAGAAUAUGCGUUCAAUAUAAUUACAGCAUCGUUUGGCAUGUGAUGGGUGUCUGUAGAAUAUCAAAGAAACUAUAAAAAUGGUGAACAUGAAAUUAGUUUUGUAGCAUAUGUAACUCAUAAUAGAUCAUCAGAUGGAAAAAAAGAAUGGAUCAUCACCCGGACUAUUAGGGGUAAUUUCCGAACAUGCUGACCGGAUAGACAUGAGUUUAAUGGCUCUCGGGACAGCUGGCUGCAUUGCAAAUGGAUCGAGUAUGGCUUUGAUUAUGUUCGCCCUCAGUCGAAUGAUGAAUGGCUAUGCAUCAACAACUUCCAUAACCCUUGCUGACAUCAAUCAGUAUGCAAUCACCUAUAUGUACGUUGCUAUUAUUGUGGGUUCGGGUGCAUUUAUAGAAGGAUUUUGUUGGGGACACAGUGCAGAAAGGCAAUCAUCACGGAUACGCAUCAAAUAUUUAAAAGCUAUUCUACGACAAGAAAUCGGUUACUUUGACAAAACUCUUGAGGCAUCUCGUGUUGUCACAAAUAUCUCAACCGAUAUAUCGAUAAACAUUCAAGGAGUUAUUAGCGAAAAGAUUCCAGGGUUCAUUACGUAUCUAUGGAUGUUCAUAACAACUGAAUUAACAGCAAUGUACCUAUGUUGGAGAUUAGCAAUUGUCGCACUUCCUGCUAUGUUUUUACUGAUUCUACCAGGGGUAGUUUAUGGAAAUCUUUUGGCAAAAAAUGAAGAGAAGCUACAGGAGGCGUAUGGGGUUGCUGGAGGGAUAGCAGAGCAAGCAUUUUCUUCAAUCAAGACUGUUCAUUCGUAUGUUGGAGAGGAAAGGAUGAUGAAGCGUUUUUCAACUGCAUUACACCCCACUCUAAUUCUUGGAAUCAAACAAGGUUUAUUAAAGGGCGUUGUUUUCAGUAGCUUUGGCAUCCUAUUUGCUGUUUUUGCACUUGUGAGCUGGUAUGGGGGCGUUUUGGUCAUUGAAAAAGGAGUCAAAGGUGGAGACAUUCUCAGUGCUGGCAUAUGCGUUCUCUAUGGAGGAUUUGGUCUUGGAGCUUCUUUAAUGAACAUCAAGCAUUUUGCCGAAGCCAAGAUUUCAGCAGCCCUAAUUAGUGAAAUCAUCAACAGGGUCCCACCUAUAGACUCAACAGACAAACAAGGAAAAACAAUCUCCAUAGUCAAAGGUGCAUUAGAGUUCAAAGACAUUGACUUCGCAUACCCUUCAAGACCAGAAACCUUAGUGCUAAAAAAGUUCCAUCUCAAAGUCAAUGCCUGUCAAACCGUUGGAUUGGUUGGUCAAAGUGGGUCCGGUAAGUCAACGGUGGUCAAUCUGCUAGAAAGAUUCUAUGAUCCAAUUCAGGGGGAGAUAUUACUAGAUGGAAUUAACAUAAAGUUGCUCCAGUUGAAGUGGUUACGUAGUCAAAUGGCGUUAGUAAGCCAGGAGCCUAUACUUUUUGCAACAUCCAUUAAAGAGAAUAUUUUAUUUGGGAAAGAAGGUGCUACGAAUGAGGAGAUUGUAGAAGCAGCUAAAAAAGCAAAUGCCCAUAACUUCAUCAUGCAACUACCAAAUGGGUACGACACACUGGUUGGGGAAUUGGGGACUCAGAUGUCGGGAGGUCAGAAGCAACGAAUUUCCAUUGCAAGGGCGUUGCUUAGAGAACCAAAAAUCUUGCUACUUGAUGAAGCUACAAGUUCCCUUGAUUCACAUUCUGAGAAAGCAGUACAAGAAGCUUUGACUUGUGCAUCAGUAGGAAGAACAACAAUAGUCAUCGCACAUUAUUUAUCCACCAUUCGUCAUGCAGACUUGAUCGUUGUUAUAAAAUCAGGAGAAGUAAUCGAAUCUGGUUCACAUGAUGAACUCAUACAAAACCCUUCUGGAUCAUACUCGAUCAUGGUGCAUGUAAUGAACACACAAAUCGAAACUAAAACCCUGGUAUCUCCGAGUAGAGAUCUCACAGAAAAAGAAGAAAGAGUAGAUGAAAAGAAACUGACUAGAUCUGAUCUUGUAACAAAUCAACGGUCAGAUGAAGAGUGCAGUCGUCCAUCAUGGAAGCAGCUGAUGGAGAUGACCACACCAGAUUGGAAGUCGACUUUAACUGGAACCAUUGGUGCACUUAUUAACGGAUCAGUUCAACCUCUAGUUGCUUGCUUUCAAGCAGCGAUGCUUUCUAUAUUCUUCCUCAAUAAUCAUCACGAAAUUAGGUCUCAAACAAUAACAUUAUCCUUCGUCUUCUUGACAAUAUCUGCCUCUUCAAUCAUAGCGAGCGUGAUUCAGCAUUACUAUUUUGGAAUAAUGGGAGAGAAUUUAACAAACAAGAUUCGAUCAUCAAUCUUUGAAAAAAUCAUGAGUUUUGAAAUCGAGUGGUUCGACCAAGAAGAGAAUAACACCGGUGCCCUAUGUUCCCAACUUUCUACAGAUACCCUAAUGGUAAGAAAUCUUGUAGCAGAUCGUUUAGCGUUUUUCGCACAAUCAAUCUCAGCUGCCAUUUUAGCGAUCAUUUGGGGGUUAUUAUUGUCAUGGAGACUCGCUCUUGUAGCGAUCUGUUUACAACUAUUUACAGUUGGAAGUUUUUAUCUGAAAUUAGUAAUGACAAGGGAAAUGUCGAAGAAGAUAGCGGAUGCACGUGACAAGAGCAGUGGAAUAGCAAGUGAAGCUGUUAGCAAUCAUAGAAUUAUUACUGCUUAUUACUCGCAUGAACAGGUUAUGAGAUUAUAUGAAGAUACACAGAAAGGUCCUAAAAAAGAGAGCCAAAAGCAACCUGUAUAUGCAGGAAUGGCGUUGUUUACGCGACAAUUUUUAACCAUUGUUAAUAUAGCUGUUCUUUAUUGGUAUGGAGGGAAGCUUUUGUACAAGGGUGAGAUUACAUAUAAGAACUUGUUUCAGACGUUUUAUAUUGUGGUAACAGCUGGGAUUUUAAUAGCUGAGACAGGAAGCAUGAUUGGUGAUUUGUCUGUGGGGACAAGUGCUUUAAAAUCGAUUUUCAAAAUUUUAAAAAGAGACAGCAAGAUGGAUGUGGGCCCAUUAGAGAAUCAUGUUUUGAAUCCAAAAAAGAUAAAUGGGAAGAUAGAAUUGAAAGAGGUGGAGUUUGUUUACAUGAUAAGGCCAACUAAGGUUGUUCUAAAGGGUUUGAACUUGAAGAUUGAAGCUGGAGAAGUUGCAGUUCUUGUGGGAAUAAGUGGAUCUGGAAAGUCAACGAUUCUUGGAAUGAUUCAGAGGUUUUAUGACCCGAUAAUGGGAUCCGUGGAGGUGGAUGGAGUUGACAUUAGAAGGUACAACCUGAGGGCAUUACGGUCAUUUAUCGCAUGGGUUAGCCAGGAGCCUACUUUAUUUGCGGGAACUGUAAAAGAAAACAUUGCAUACGGGAAAGAGAAUGCAACAGAAGCUGAGAUAAUUCAAGCAGCAAGCAUUGCAAAUAUCCAUGAGUUCAUAAGUUCCAUGAAAGAUGGGUAUGAUACGAUUUGUGGGGAAAGAGGGGUGCAGUUAUCAGGGGGGCAGAAGCAAAGAAUCGCGAUUGCAAGAGCAAUUUUGAAAAAUCCAGCUAUUUUGCUAUUGGAUGAGGCAACAAGUGCACUUGAUGUUAGAUCAGAGAGUAUUGUCCAAGAUGCUUUGGAGAAAACCAUGGUUGGUAGGACAUGUGUGAUGACAGCUCAUCGGUUAUCUACUAUACGAAGAUGGAAUAAAAUAGUGGUGAUUGACAAUGGAAGUGUUGUAGAAGAGGGUUCUCAUGAUGAUUUGUUAGAUAAAGGAGAAAAUGGUGCGUAUUUUUCGCUUUUUAGUCUUCAACAACAAUCUUUCAUAAGUAACAGAGAAAGCCCGAGCUAAUGUCUGGCUGCUUAUUAUGUUUGUGGGAUAAUGACUUGAAAGGGUAAUGGAUUUUCGAUUUUGUUCACAUUUAGUCACUAAACUUUCUUUCAUUAUCCUUAUGACCGGUAACAAAAU